AUGGUUACCCUGAUGCCUUCCCAACUCAACGGGAUUGGGAUCCCUAUCCGCCCCGCCAAACAGCAACAGCAACAGCAGCAGGAUCACUCAAAUCACCACUACCACGGCGACUCGGCGGUGUACAGCACCACCAGGACGCAUAAGCACUCGCGCUCAUCCUACUCCGAGUCAUCACCUCUCGCCUCCUCAAGAAACAACUCCCUGACAUUCCGCCCCUUCAAGCGCCCGAUGCCCAGCCCGAACAAGACGAUUGCCGUCAUCAACGCCAGCGGUCGCCAGGCUGCCUCUUUCAUCAGGGUCGCCACUGCUGUUGGCUACCAUGUCCGCGCCCAGCUGCGGAACCUCGAGGGUGUUGUAGCAACCGAGGUCAACUCAAACCCCAACGUCACCGUCCUUGUCGGCGAGCUGUACACUAGACACAAGCCCACCCCGGACAACAGAGAUGUGACAACCAACGGUCCCAUUUCCGGUGUUGGUGUGAACCACGAUCUGAUCAGGGAGCUCUUCCGUGGCACCCAGCUUGCUUUCAUCAACACCACCUUUUAUGGCGACGAGUUGGAGAUCGGAAAGGCGCUUGCCGAUGCCGCCAAACGCGCCGGAGUGCAUCAUUACGUCUACUCCUCCAUGCCAGACCACGCCGCCUACAACGCGGACUGGCCGUCGCUGCCCCUGUGGGCGGCCAAGCAUCAGGUUGAGGAGUACGUGCGCUCCAUCGACCUGCCUUCGACGUUUGUCUACACGGGCAUUUACAACAACAAUUUCACAUCGUUGCCGUACCCGCUGUUCUGUAUGGAACUCCAAAGCGACGGGUCCUUCCAGUGGCAGGCUCCAUUUCACGAGGAUGUGAAGCUGCCGUGGCUCGACGCCGAGCACGAUGUUGGCCCCGCCAUCCUGCAAAUCUUCAAGGACGGCGUGUCCAAAUGGCGUACUAAGCGCAUUGCUCUGGCGUGGGAGAUGCUGACUCCUCGCGAGGCUUGCGAGGUUUUCGCCCGAGGUGUUGGACGCCCGGUCAAGUACAUUCGAGGCCCGAUCGACCUCAAGGUCAAGGUCCCCAAUGGCUACCGCCAACAACUCGAGGCGCUGGAGAAGCUGUUCUCACUUGGCCAUCAGGACCCUAAGAAGCAGCCUCCCUACUUUGGUGACGUGGAGUUGGAGGACAACUGUCUCUCCCAGUCCAUGGCGCUGUGGGAAGGCCCGCGGGGUCUUGAGGAAUACGCGCAAGAAGUCUUCCCGCUCGAGGAACAGGCCAACGGCCUGACAUGGAUGUUGGAGGAAGAGGAGGAAGCCCCCGAGGAGGAGGUCGUGCCAGCUGCCCGCCAGAGGGAUCAGGAAGUGCAGCAAGAAGCAGAGGAAGAAGAAGAGGAGGAAUACUCGGACGACGAGGACGACGGUCUGGUCAUGAGAGGCUUGAAGAGAGACGAGGAGGAAUGGCUUGCAUGA